AUGCUAGAAGAUGCUACCGUUGUCGGAAGUUUGGUCAUGCAUCGUCUGAUUGUACGCAUAAGGAUAUGGUGUGUUUCAACUGUGGUGAAGAAGGCCAUAUCGGAAGCAAGUGUUAGAAGCCCAAGAAGGAACAAUCUAGUGGGAAGAUUGGGUCUGGUGUUAUCUGCUAUGAACGGAGAAAUGGUUGUCGAUACUCCGGCUAAGGGAUCGGUGACUACUUCUCUUGUGUGUCUUAAGUGUCCCGUGUCAGUUUUCGAUAGAUACUUUCUUGUUGAUUUUGUUUGCUUGCUGUUGAGAGGUUGGGAUGUGAUUUUGGGGAUGAACUGGUUUUCUUCUCCUGAAGAGGAAGGCUUAGAGUUGUUGUUGGCCAGACAGUUUCAUUUGUUGAUGAAAGAAGAUGUUCAAGUGUUCGCGUUGGUUGCUUCAAUGUCUGUUGAGAAUCAGACUGUAAUAGAAAGCUUGAAGAUGUUAUGUUCUUGUGCAAGGAAGAAGGGUAACAAGGAGCUGAGAAAUGCUGAAAUCAGAGAGUUGGUCUGA